AUGUUACCGGUGGUCGAGCUGGGCGGUACCUCACUGACUCUCGAAAGCUUUUACAACGUUUGCUAUUGCAGGGCUCCCAUUGUCCUUGACGCAUCUGUUUUCGCUGCUUUCCUCCCUGCUCCCGAGAACCCAGUGCCUCGGGCACCCUACCAUUAUGCCACCCUUUUUUCGGGAAAGUACCGCUCAGUACCGUACGUCCUGUCACGGGCGUACAUAUUCACAAUGCUUUCGCUCCUGGCCAGUAGCCCUGCCUCUGUUUCGAUAACUGUCCUCCAAGGCCUAACCAGAAUCCUCAACGGCCCAAAAGACAUCGCCCUUCAGCGACCAGAGUGUGUGCUCCUUCCGAACUCUGCACUUGAAAAAGACUUGCUGGAUCAGCUGCUCUCUAUUCUCACCGAGGGCCCAGAUAACCCUUUCUACAUCGAGCUAUCGGACGAAGAUAUUAACAUUUUCAAGCUAAAUGCUCAUGCCUUUACCCUGUCCGUGUCAUUUGCGUCGUCCAUUCUCCUGUCCUUUGUAGCCACGCUCCAUGAGGCUGCUCUUUCCUUUUCUUUCGAACUUAUGUGUGCAAGGGUUAGAGAGUUAUUUGACUUCGUCAAUUAUACCGUUCAGCGAAAGCACUCUGGGAUGAAGGCAGCCAUGUCAAACGUGAUGAGUCUUAUAUCUGGCUCUAAAAAGGUAACUCAGAAAGGGAGUAAUUUGUUCUGCUCACAGUCGCUAUCAUUGGCUGGGGAGAUACGUGAGCUGGCCACGGAGUUGCGAACCGCCGUGCGACCGGAUACGGCUUCGGCAGCAUACACUAGUCUCGAUACAAGGCCUUUGACUGAUGUAACAACACUUUCUCUCCUACACGGCGUACAGUUGAAGAUAGCGACUAUCCGUUCACUGUCGAUUGCACGCCGCCACUUGGUCGAUGCUGUCGUGGUAGAAAAGGGGAUUUGGAAAGCACCCUCGGACGAUGCAUACGGGGUUGCGGAAAGCGAGAUGCUAGACGCACUAAAGAAGGAGCCAGUGCCGGUUUUGCACGCGCUGCUACUCCCUGUGCAGCUAUGUGGUGUUCUCAAGGACCUUUCUACAGAGUUGCUGUCUGCCUUUACCAAGCUAUCUAUUGCUCAAGCAGGACUUUCCAAGGGGAAGAUACAAGUGGGCCAGGGGGUACUGAUAGCUAUGGAUACCUAUGGUGAUCUUUUUAGAGAAUGUCAGUCCGCAUCCGGUGCGCACCAGUUUUGGUGUAUCUCGAGGAUCGUGCGUGCCAUGACUGACCACCUCUUCCUUGCUAUUUCUAACGCUCGCAUCCCCCAGCCUCCGUGCGGUAUGCGUGACUUGCUCCCUGGACAGAUGGUGCUUAGGCAAGCUGCUCUUUCACUGAUAACGAGCGUAUUUCAACAACAUGGCGCCGUCUGCAUAGAGACCCCAGUCAUGGAAUCGCGGUCUGUGCUGAUGGGCAAGUAUGGCGAAGAGCAGAAGCUGAUUUACAAUGUCUCUGAUUAUGGGGAGGAACCUCUAUCUCUUCGGUAUGAUUUAACGGUCCCGUUUGCGCGCUAUUGUGCCACACACAGGGAGAAGUCGAUUAAGCGCUAUUCCAUCGGGCGCGUUUACAGACGAGACAAGCCUGUUAUGGAAAAGGGGCGUUUUCGUGAGUUUUAUCAAUGCGAUCUGGAUAUUGUCUAUGAGCCCAACACGCAGGCACCGAUGGCUGCUGACGCUGAGGUCGUAGUUAUUGUAUUUGAGAUUCUGCAUGCUCUAAGGAAGAGCAUCCGUAACUUCGAAAUAUUGAUAAAUCACCGCGGCAUACUCGACUCAGCGAUGGCAGUGGCAGGUGUUUCAGAUGAGCAGAAAAAGGCGGUGUGCAGCUGUAUCGACCAGCUGGAUAAGCACUCCAAGGAGGAAGUAAGGGAUAAGAUCGUGAAGUCCAAGGGGCUCACUCCUGUUGUGGCCGACACGGUUUUAGCUUUAAUUGACUUUAAGCUUCCUACAUCCCCGCACAUGUUUGCCAACUCUCCCUUUGACUUCGUGUCCACUGCGAUCGCGGCUCUUAAGGAGCUGCAUGCAUCUAUUUCUUUGGACAGCACGCUCUCCUCUCAAUUCAUCGACGCGAUCAGCCCAAGGCUUGAGCAACUAGGUCUUCUUUUUAGAUAUGCCUCACUCAUGUGUCCGCAGUCACUAGAGUAUAUGGUGCUGGACUUCUCGUUAGCGCGAGGACUUGACUACUACACCGGAAUGGUUUUCGAAGCAAAGCUGAUCUCUGACCACGGAGAGCGCACAGGAUCGAUAGCAGGAGGGGGACGUUAUGAUGAGCUGCUAGGUAAGUUUAGAGCACGGGGAGACGAGCUUUGCGCAGUCGGGGGAAGCAUAGGGAUAGAACGCAUAUUUGCCAUUCUGGAAGCACGGCAAGCAUCACUUGAUGGCCUAGCGACUGGGGACGUUGAGGACGGUGGUUCCUCAUGCAAGUUGGCGUCUGCCAAGCGAUAUGAUGUUUAUAUUUGUGGAGCACCGGGGUGCACCAUAGAGGCCCGCCUAGAAGUGGCAGGAAUCCUUUGGGGACUAGGCAUCUCUGUGGGCAUGAGUUGUAAAGAAGGGUGCAGCCAGAAGCUACUGAAAAAGGACAUUGAUGAAGGCGUGGCAGGCCAUGCUCUCCUCGCCCUUAUUAUCGGCGGCGAUGAGAUAGAGAAUCGAGUCAUUAACGUGAAGAAUCUAUCGACGACAGAGCAGGUUGUCGUUCCGUUUGAUGAGAUUGGGGAGUAUUGCGCCAAGGCUUUAGCGACAAGACACGAACGGUUUGCCCUAUCUGAAUGUGAGAAGUUGCUUAGAGAUGUCAAGGACGGCAAAGAAGUGCGCGAAGGCAUAGAUAAUAUUUUAGCAGCCAUCAAGAUGCUCAGAACGUAA